UCUAAAGUCCUUUCCAUCACUGUGGAAGAAGAGCCCAUGAAAACAUUUACAGAAAGCUGCUACGUUAAGGAAACAUGUUUCAUUACUAAGGCCAUUUCUGGUAGGCUUAGCUCUGAGUUGGUUCUCCUGUUAUGUCUUGGGCUGCAGCUUUUCCUUUGCCUCUGUUCCAGGUGGUGAUGUUCUGGACUAUGAUGCUGAAUGGUCCUUUACCCAGAGCCCUGCAGAAUUCGGAGCACCCAACUCUCCAGGCGAGCGCCUGUGAUGCCCUGUCUUCCAUCUUGCCAGAGGCCUUCAGCAGUCUGCCGAAUGACAGGCAGAUCCUGUGCAUCACAGUGCUGCUCGGACUGAAUGACAGCAAGAAUCGCUUAGUGAAAGCUGCAACCUCAAGGGCCCUGGGAGUCUAUGUGCUUUUUCCCUGUCUCAGGGACAGCCCCAUGGACUCCCAGGCUAUAGUGCCCUGACAUCGGUCGUGACAUCGUGCAAGAACUUCAAAGUGCGCAUCAGAUCUGCCGCUGCCCUUUCCGUCCCGGGGAAGAGAGAGCAGUAUGGGUCUGUUGAACAGUAUGCUCGGAUCUGGAAUGCAUUGGUCACCGCCUUACAGAAGAGCGAAGACACCACCGACUUUUUGGAAUUCAAGUACCGUGCCAGCCUGCGGACCCAAAUCUGCCAGGCACUGAUUCACCUCUUGAGCUUGGCCAGUGCCUCAGACCUCCCUUGUAUCAAAGAAAUCCUUGAACUGAAUGGGAAUAUGGUCCAGUCCUAUAUCCUACAGUUUUUAAAAUCUGGAGCAGAGGGAGAUGACACUGGAGCACCUCACAGCCCACAGGAAACAGACCAGAUGGUCAGAAUGGCCCUUAAGCACAUGGGCAGCAUCCAGGCACCAGCUGGAGACACAGCCAGAAGGGCCAUCAUGGGCUUUUUAGAAGAGAUCCUGGCCAUUUGUUUUGACUCAUCUGGAUCACAAGGGGCACUCCCAGGGUUAACCAAUCAGUGAGGAUCCCACCAUACUUUCUAGGUAUCGAAGGUAGCAGUAGGAAGACCUGAGCUUGAGCAUAACAUCUGUGGGAUUUCAUCCUAGGAGCAGAAACAAUCCAUUCACUAUUCAUUUAGAAUGACUUAGCAGCAAUUUAAAUUUUCACAGAGGGCUCAACCACCUUUGGAGUGGCUCCAUGACACUGGCCAUGGUCAGGGUUGUUGGAACGUCUGACCUGUGCAUUCAGGAGCCGAGGAGUCAGGUUGUAAUAUGAGCUAAGCAGACAGGGCUUUGAGGGCAUUUAGUCUCAGAAAAAAAAAAA